UUGGCAAUAUAAGUGGUGCUCUAAUGGUUUAGCUUCGGAAGAAAAAUCCUCCUGUACUUUUUUUUAUUUCGCGAAUUUUGUAAUACGCCAUUGAGGUUUUACUUAAAUGGAUUUUAGCGCUGGUAACUUUUUGAAUGAAUAUACAGUUGGUAUUACUAUAGGAGUAGCUAGCGCUUUGUCGGUUGCUAUUUUUUUAAAAAAUUAUGACAGUAGUGGAAACAAAAACAAAAAGUCGAAAAUUUUAAAUAAAAAACGUAGCAUUAUCACGAAGAAGAAGAGGAAACCUAUAAAAGAGGUACCUACCUCGCAACUUGAAACUUCGGCCAUUAUUAGCAAAAAAAAAUCCGCAACAUCGCUUAAAACUACUAACACUGAGGUUAAAUGUAAACCUUCUCUAAGUACUACGGCAGCCGUAAAUGAGUCGGUUAAAGUAAAAGAAAUAAAGCCAGAAAAUAACGCACAAGAUUCUGGCAAGUCCGAGAGAAAACUUAAUAAAAACCAGCACGAAAAAUUAAAGUCACAAGCUUCUCACGUUGAACUUGCGGAAAAAAAUAAGACUUCUUCCAGUCUGCAACUUAACGUACCAACUGAAUUUUCCUCUGAGAAAAAAUUAAACGAGGAAGAAGACUCUUCAAAAGAGGGUUGGACAGAAGUGAAAAAAAAGAGUUCUCGCAAGAGCGUGGAGGUCGUUGCUUUUAACCCCGUAUUGCUUGUUGACGUUAUCAACGAAGCUAAGAAGAGAUCUCUAUUGACCGGCUCAAUUCCUCGUGUCACCGUUGAUAGAAAUAACUCAACUUUGAUCAUUCAGGGGGACAUUGACCUCGUUAGCCGGAGGGUACGUGAAAUCAAAGAUUUGCAGGCUGAUUUGGAAGCUCGAGUGGCCAAAAUCCAGACUCUUGAGAUCCCUCUUGGUGAUAAACGGAAAGCUGUUUUUGGCCCUAACUACGAAAAUCUUAACCGCAUUCGAUUGAUUUCUGGGGCUCAAAUCACUUUCAACAAGGAGAGUUGUAGCCUUAUUGUGCGCGGCGAGGAGGACAAAGUCUCUAUUGCUAAACAGGAAGUCCAAUUGGCUCUUAAUCCCCCGCCUGCCGAAAGUGUGGUUUGUCUACCAAUGGACAGGCAUCGCACGGGGAUCUUGCUGGCUGGCCAGGGCGCCCUUUUAAAAAACAUCGAAAUCCAAACGGGGGCUAAACUGGUGGUCGAGGGUGAAAGGGCAGACGUUAUGAAGAAACUCGUGAUAAGCGGCACCUACAGGGAAGUCUUCCAAGCUAAUGAGAAGAUCAUGAGAGCACUCAAAGAGUUUUGCUGCGAGGAGCAUCUUUCUGUGAGUUUGGAACAAAUCCGCCUGCUUCUCUAUGCGGAUGCUUUGCAGUUUAAAAAGUUGUGCCAGCAGUACCGAAGAUCCAGUAUCGAGAUUAACAAGAACUUGGGGACCAUUAAGAUAAUUGGGCCUUUAAACGAAGUAACGAAAGUAAAGGACGAGAUCAACGCCAUUUUAUUGUCUCCGCCCCCCCAACCCGCUCUGAAGGCUGGUGAAGCUCUUGAAGAAGUGGACUUGGGAGAUGCCGUUGGGGCUGUAGUGGGUUCGAAGUACGUUCAUUUAAAAAAUAUUAAGGAGUUGUGCUCUGGAAUGGUUGAAAUUGAAAUUCCACCCACCACAAGAACAGCACGCAUUCGAGGGGAGCGGUUAGCUGUUGAGAGGGCUAAGCAGGGGGUGCUGUACCUUAUAGAGAGGCAUAAGGAAAAAGUUCAGUCCGCAUUAAAAUCGGAAAAAGAUACUAGCUAUUUCGCUGCUCAUCAGGAUUCCGUUUUAAAAUCUGGGCGUGAGAAUGGUCUCUGCUGGGGAGGUAGUGCACCGACGGGCUGGUAUUGAUGAUCUUGUUGGAGUGACUUUCUUUAAUACACACUAUUUUUUAUCUUUGCUUUGAAUUGUGUUCUUAUAAUAA